CACGCUCUGUUUAUAAAUCCCACCCAUUUAUUCCUUCUUUUCUUGCCACCCUAAUCAUGGACUACAUUCCGCUCCAACCUGCGUAGAACCCAUUUUUCUUCAACACACAUUCCAAAAUAUUUAUAACAAAGAACUAAGUGUUUCUAAGGAAAGAAAAAAUGCUAGUGUCAAUAUUUCUUGCUCUGUUUCUACCAUGCGCCGGAAUGAGCGUCAUUUUUCUGGUGUACAUCUGUUUGCUGUGCUACUCUGCGCGUACAAGCAAUGACGAGCAGCAGUUCCGUGCACCGGUAAAACCCUUUCAAAACAGGGGCCUCUCCGCCUCGGAUCUCCAGAAAUUGCCCAAGGUGACCGGCAAAGAUCUGGUGCUAGGCACCGACUGCGCCAUCUGUUUGGACGAAAUUGAGAGCGAGCAACCGGCUAGAAUGGUUCCCGGUUGCAACCACGGCUUUCAUCUAGAAUGCGCCGACGCCUGGCUCUCCAAGAACUCCAUUUGCCCUGUUUGUAGAGCCAAAAUCGGCCCUGAGCUAUUCAAUCCCUCUCAAAUCAGUCCAUGCUGAAAUCUUACAUCAUUGCAAUUUUGAAUCAAAUUUUGUUUUUCUUCUUUUUUUUUUUUUUUUUUUUUCAUUUUUGAUUCUUCAUUUUAGUGGACUAGUUGUAGAUGGUGAUGUAUAGAUUAAUUUCUGAGAGAACACAUCAUUCAGAUUCAUCUUAUUAUUUUAUAAGUUUUUCUUCUUUAA